AACUGCGAUACAGGCUGCAAUAAAUGGAGAAAACAAUCCCAUCAUCCAGCGCGGUGACAGGUGAAAAAAUGGUGCCACCGUCCAUUACUCUGCUUCCUAACAAGAAAUCUCCAACAAACGGCCACAGCUCUCCUGUUCGGACGGGAAAAACAACUCCUUCCAGCUCGGAGAAGAGGCCGCAGGUGAACGGACACGCGUCCCCUUCACAUCUGGCAGGGAACGUUGGAAACGGCCACGGAGGUAAACCAACGUUGGAGGCUUACAUGAAGACCGAUGACCGGAUGCGUUUAGCCAAAGAGCGACGUGAAGAGAGGGAGAAAAGCCUGGCUGCCAGGGAGCAGCUGAUCAGGGAGAAGGAGCGCAGAGCUCGGCUGCAGUACGAGCGCACCGUGGAGGAGCGCUGGAGGCGUCUGGAGGAGCAGCGGCAGAAGGAGGAGUUCCGCAGAGCUGCAGUGGAGGAGAAGAGGAGGCUGCAGCUCGAGGAGGAGAGGGAGCGACUGGAGGCCCUGAUGAGACGUUCUCUGGAGCGAAGCCUUCAGCUGGAGCAGAGGACAAAACGCUGGAGCAGGGGCUGCCCUUCAGGAGCAGGUGACUGUGAGAAUGCCCCUCUCCCUUUCUCUGCUGCCUCCGCCUUUGCCUCCCCCAUUCCUGCCGUCAGCGAAUCGGCGCCCUGCAGUCCUCACAGAUUACCUUUCUGCAACUCCCUUAGCCCAAACAAAGCUGGACUCCAGGGAGGCUCUCAGUCCACUCCCAGUACCCCUAAGAAAGAGCGAAUGCGCAGAGACAGAAGGACUGCAUCCCCAGGUUAUGGAUCUCCUCUGAGAAGGUCUGAAUCCCCUGCAGGUGCCACCAAGCACUUGGCUUCCCCUACCACCUCCAGGUUAGCGUGUAAGACGCGCGCCCAUUCUCCCAGCAGUUUACAGCAGUACCACCAUUCUCCAACACGACAUUGUCCAAAUCCACCGAGUAGCGAUAAAAAACUAGAUGAUAAGAAGAUGGACAAAGUGUCUGCGCAAUCUAAACCCGAGAAAACUAAAACUGACGUCGGCAGCUUGAGUUCACCAUCACAUGUUGAGAAGAAAGCGUCCAGAACUGACUCUUCAGAGAGGAAGUUACAGAGUGGAGACAGGGGCAAAAGUGAACAAUCAGGGAAAGUUGGAGCUGGCACCACAGACGCAGAGGAAGCCACGAGGCUGCUGGCAGAGCGCAGGCGUCAGGCUCGAAUCCAGAAAGAGCUGGAGGAGAAAAAACGGGCAAAGGAGGAAGACGAGAGAUUCAGGGAGGAGGAACAAAAGAAGAAGAAGCAGCAGGAGGCGAAGGUUCAGCCAGCAGAGGUGAGACGGAACAGUUUGAACGACGCACACAGAAUCCAAAAAGAGGAAGACAAAAGGAACGAACAGCAGAAGACGGAUCUACAGAUUCACUUGGAUGCAGAGAAAGAAAAGGCCGAAGUCCUUCAGGCCCAGGAAGGUGCAGAACACCACAGGCAGGACAGAGAACUGCAGACUCAACAUGAAGAGGAGGAGAGGCAGCUCAGGAAAAAGAGAAUCGAAGAGAUCAUGAAGAGAACGAGGAAAGCUGAAGCGGACAUGAAG